UUGUGCAGGGGGAGGACUUUUGAAGGCGCACACGCGCCGGCGGAAAGACGACGUUUUCCAGACGGAUCGUCCCCGGCUUGAGUGAGAGUUUUUAGUCCUUCUCAGGCGGGAUAGCGAGGUUUUUUUUUAAAGCGCUUUACACGAAUGAGUGUGGUGGAUUCAUCCCACGAAGGCAACUUUAAUUGACGGCGGACUCUGGUACCCCGGAGGAGAGCCGGGUUGCCAUGGUGAUAUUGGUCGAGACGCAGCGGCUGGACCUCGGGACAAGCGGCGGGAUUCCAAUGACGGGUGACUCGGCGGACACCGGUUUGGGGGCUCGGGCCUCGCCACUGGUGGGGUAUUUGGGAAAAGUUCAAGAGAGAGCGGCGUCUCUCGACACGUGUCCAUGGUGCGCCUCCAGAGGCCUGAGCUCCCCUCUGCGCUCGUACCGUGUCAACCUGCACGAGUCCAUCACGCUGUGCACCGACCCUCAGUGCCUGUUCCCUCUGGUCAGUCGCCCCCUAGAGGACAUUUUGGCCAGCUUGGUUCCAGCAGCUCAAAGCAGAAAGAGGGCGGCCACGGCCCUCGAAGAAGAAGAAGAAAGGGAGGAGGAGGUCAAAGCCAAGCAUCUGCGCUCUAUCGGGUCUGACCCGCCUCCCGUGGCAGACGUCAACAAUGCAGAGAGCGGCGCUCUAAAUGGCCGCCAUGAGGCUCAAAACGAGGCGGAGAAUCAACCCUGCUCGGAUUCCCCAUUCGGGCUAGAACCUGUAGAAGACGGUGGGGUUCUAGAGAGUACUGAUUCUACAAGCUGGUCCAUGCAGGCUCCGUCAGGGGAAGAAGCAGCCUCUCUUCUCCUGGACAUGACUCGAGUCCAAGAAGUGGACACAAGCCCUUCACAGAACCCCCCGACAGCAGAGACGCAGCAGGGCGCCAGGUCCGAAGGCGAGGUGGUGGACCUUGUUUCCGUCCCACAGGAUCUCUUCUGGAGGAACGAUCACAACCUGUGCUGGCUGGACGUCCUGCUGGUGGUUCUGGUCCACUGCCGCGGCCUGAGGAGGUGGAAAGUCCCGCAGGAGCCUCAGCGGGCGGCCGUCUGGCGUCUGCUGAGCCGCUACGACGACGCCUGUGCCGCUCUCCGUGCUCGCCAGCAGACAGGAAGCGAUGGCAGCGCGAUGGCGCCGUGUGACGCCCUACAACACGCCGACGAGCACCUGCGGCGCAUGAGAGCCUCCAUUUUUGAUUCCCUGCAGUCUAAAAUGCAGUGCAGACUUGGUGAGGGAGUGGACUCUCAUGGUCAGAUGGAGAGUCCCGUCUUCGCCCUGCCGCUGUUGCUGGCCAGCGACUCGUGGGCGGAGCCUCUUUUCCAGACCACCUUCCACUGGGAGUUGGAGUGUGCCCAAUGCCAGACCGUCACAACACAAAAAGUCACCAAGACGCUCGCCACCUUCACCAAGAUCCUGCCCGACUGGCACCCGCUCCACGCCAGCCACUUGGCGCCGUGCAACGUGUGCCAGGCCACGAACCAGAGGCGGAGCAUGAGGCUGGAGAGUUUGUCUGCGGUGUUGGCGCUGCACUUUGUGGAGGGUCUGGCCCACGGCGACGUCACCCAACUGGCCUUCACCUUCAAGGGGCGGAGCCACGCGGUCACGGCGGUGGUGCAGUACGACCAGCACGCCAAGCACUUUGUCUCGUGGACGCGCAGGCCUGAUGGGUCCUGGCUGGAGUCGGACGACCUGAAGCAUCCGCACUGCGGCGUCCACCCGACGCUCCGUGUUCCCGCUCAGGAGAUCCACAUGGUCUUCUGGGAGGCGGCGGCGGCGGACCACCCGGAGCCCGCCGCGUGUUCCCCGUCCAGCACGUCGCUGCUGUCCCCGCCGCCCGACGAGGUGGACCUGGCCAUGAACUCCACCAUGCUGCUGGACACCUUGGAGGGUCUGUUGGAGGAUGAGAUCACGCUCACGCUGACGGAGGUCAACGAGGAUCCGGAGACCGAUCCUCCAGCUGCGGACCUGGCGCCAGAUAGCUCCGCCCUCUUAUCGGAGGAAGCGGCGCCUCAGAGCGCGGCCGAUGCCGCUCAACCUUCUCCCGAGAAAGCGCUGAAAAGAACCUGGAGACUCUUCAAACAGGAAGUUCCCGUUUCCCCGCCUGUCUCGUCCAGCGACAGCAGGCCACCGACUUCGCAGCACGAUCCUCGCUCGUCGUUGCUGUCCUUGCCGCUUGACGAGGUGUUGGACGAGGUGGACCUUUCCAUGGGCUCCACCACGCUGCUGGACACCUUGGAGGGUCUGUUGGAGGAUGAGAUCACGCUCACGCUGACGGAGGUCAACGAGGAUCCGCAGACCGAUCCUCCAGCUGCGGACCCUGCGCCAGAUAGCUCCGCCCUCUUAUCAGAGGAAGCGGCUCCUCAGAGCGCGGCCGAUGCCGCUCAACCUUCUCCCGAGAAAGCGCCGAAAAGAAGCCGGAGACUCUUCAAACAGGAAGUUCCCGUUUCCCCGCCCUCACAGGAAGUGAACGCCGCCCCUGCACCGGAGCAAAGGGCGUCGCCUGUCUCGUCCAGCGACAGCAGGCCACCGACUUCGCAGCAGGAUCCUCGCUCAUCGUUGCUGUCCCCGCCGCUUGACGAGGUGUUGGACGAGGUGGACCUUUCCAUGGGCUCCACCACGCUGCUGGACACCUUGGAGGGUCUGUUGGAGGAUGAGAUCACGCUCACGCUGACGGAGGUCAACGAGGAUCCGCAGACCGAUCCUCCAGCUGCGGACCCUGCGCCAGAUAGCUCCGCCCUCUUAUCAGAGGAAGCGGCGCCUCAGAGCGCGGCCGAUGCCGCUCAACCUUCUCCCGAGAAAGCACCGAAAAGAAGCCGGAGACUCGUUUCCCCGCCCUCACAGGAAGUGAACGCCGCCCCUGCACCGGAGCAGAGGGCGUCGCCUGUCUCGUCCAGCGACAGCAGGCCGCCGUCUUGGCAGCAGGAUCCUCGCUGCUCCUACCUGCUCAGCAAACACUUCAACCCGACCACUCGUCUCCAACACGGACCUCAGGCUCCGCCCCUCGUGCAGAAAGCGCCGCUGUGCACCCAAGACAGUGGCGACCUCCUGUUGAAGGCCGCCGAGAGGUUCGGUGCGUUCGGGCAGCACGCUCAAGCUCAAGCUCCGCCCGCGCCGAGCCUUCACGAAGACCACCGGAAGUUUCCCGUGGACACGACGACGCUGUGCUACCAACUCUGCAAGAAGCUGAAGGCCAAGAAGAAGAAGCUGGCCAAGCUCAACCGGGCGUUGUGUCGCCAGGGCGCCGCCUUGCCCCAGCCCGACAGCACCCGCCUCUGCUCGCCCGGCGCCGGUGCCGGUGCCGUCACCUCCAGCACCUACGACGACGACAGCUUCCUCUCCAAGCUGCUCUCGCCGCACAACCGGUCGCCCGACAGCUCGGGUUUCCUCCACACGCCCGCCGGCCACCAAGACGUUGGCGGGGAGCCCGCAGACGUGACUUCUCACCAAGAAAACUUCCUGGACGAGUUCCUGGCGGCGUCCGCUCAACCGAUGCCCCAGGUGGCGGAGGAGGUGCUGCGCGACCUGGAGCUCUUCUGUGGACAAGGGUAACCUAGCAACCGCACCCUCUACAUAUUUUUUGUCUUUACAGUGCAUAGAAAAAUGUUAAUCAAAUAUAUUAUUUAUCCAUCCAUUUUCUACCGCUUAUUCCCUUUGGGGUCACGGGGGGCGCUGGAGCCUAUCUCAGCUACAAUCGGGCAGAAGGCGGUGUACACCCUGGACAAGUCGCCACCUCAUCGCAGGGCCAACACAGAUAGACAGACAACGUUCACACUCACAUCCACACACUAGGGACCAUUUAGUGUUGCCAAUCAACCUACAAUU